AUGUCAGCGAAGAAACAGAAUGCCACUGCCAAACAGCCCAAGGCCCAGCCGAGGACGUCUGUGCCCAAAUCCGUAGCACCUCAACCAAGGACAUCAGCAUCCACAAGCCUGGAGGUUGGGAGAAAAGCUGAGUCCACCAGAUGUGGGCACACUGCAGCGUCAAGCAGAGGAAAAGCUCAACUCAUCAUUGCCAACCCCAGACCAGACACACAGCAAACCACCAUCACCAAUGCCAAGGGAUCAGCAAGGGCAGGCAACAGAGUCACCAAAUCCAGCACAAGUACCGCCAAUGCCAACUCCAUGCCCAAAGCACAGCAGAAGCCAACCAGCCCGAGAACCGGAACCAAACCAAAACAUGAGGUCCCCAAGCAACCAGGUCACCCCAGUCUCCCACUCAAGGCAAACAUCAGCAAGCAGGAGGCAGCGCAGGUGGAGAAGGACACACGUGGCCAAAGGCAGAACCCGGCCUGGUUUGAGUGGCGCGCUAACCGGAUCACGGCCUCCAUUGCUCACAAGGUUUCUCACUGUAACUUUGUGAACGGGAAAAGCGACGAGGUCCCACAAUCCUACCUGAAGAGUAUCGUGGGCUCUGGCUCAUGUCUGCGCACGGCUGCCAUGAAAUGGGGGAUUGAGAACGAGACGGUGGCCAUCAACAAGUACAAGGAGAUCAAGUCGAAGGAAAUGAAACAGCAAAUCCAGGUGAAAGAUUGUGGGCUGUUUAUAGACCCUCAGAGAAGUUGGUUGGGAGCCAGUCCUGACGGGGUGGUGAUCGAUCCUAAAACAGGAGAAGACUUGGCUUUAUUGGAGUGCAAUGUGUUGCUGUUUAUUGAUCGUGAUUGUCAACAGCGCACUGCUGUCUGUGGCCAAGGCAACGGCUACGUGUUUGAUCUCAGGGCGUUUCGUUGGAUCCAAACAAUGAUAUUUACCAUUGAGGAAAUAAACAGGGAGGCGGCACUUUUACCUAAUCUCACCCUGGGCUAUAAAGUGUAUGAUACCUGUGAUAUAUACGCGCUGAGAGCAGUGAUGGCAUUUGUCAGCGAUGGUGAGCAGACUGUGUCCUACAGCAGCUGUGAUGGGGCUUCGGUCCCGGCAAUGAUCGGUGAAGCUGGUUCUCUUCAGUCCACUAUCAUGGCCAGCACCACCGCACCUUUCCAGAUCCCAAUACUCAGUUACUUUUCCACUUGUACCUGUUUGAGCAACAAGAAGAAUUAUCCCAACUUUUUACGCAUGGUGCCAAGCGACUCAUUCCAGACGCAAGCAUUAGCGCAGCUGGUCAGACACUUUGGCUGGACCUGGAUCAGGGCUCUGGGCAACAACGAUGACUAUGGCAGAUCUGGGGUCCAACUGUUCAGCCAGAAGGUGAUGGAGUUGGGGGCAUGCAUGGCCUUUUCACACAUCCUACCCAAAAUCUACAGUGCGGAGAUCCUCGCUGGCAUCGUGAAGGUCAUCAAAGAGUCAGGGGUUAGGGUCAUUGUGGUGUUUGCAUCUGAGAAGAAAAUGCUGGAGCUGGUACAGGAGGUGGUGAGACAGCAGGUGACUGGGAUCCAGUGGUUGGCUAGUGAAGCCUGGGUCACUGGGGCUGCCCUCUUCAACUCACACUUAGCCCCAUAUCUAGCAGGAACCAUUGGCUUCUCUUUCCGCAGAGCAGAGAUCCCCCAGCUCAGAGAGUUCCUCUUGCGGGCGCGCCCUUCCCCGCAGGACAGAGACAACUUCCUGACUGUCUUCUGGGAAGAGUUGAACAGCUGUAAGUUUAACAUGUCGGUUGAUGUCAGCUCCCAACGCCAGCCCCACUUGUGCACGGGCUCAGAAGACCUGGAAGAAAUUGAAACCAUUUAUUUUGAUACGUCGCAACUGAGGGUUUCCUACAACGUAUACAAAGCAGUUUAUGCCAUUGCUCAUGCACUGCGGCAGCUACAGUUGUGUCAAAGUGGCAGAGGGCCUUUUGGGAGCAAUGAGUGUGCAGAUGUACACAGCUUUGAACCAUGGCAGCUCCUGCACUAUCUGAAAGGAGUGAAAUUCACUGACCAUUUUGGAGGAGAAGUGGCUUUUGAUGAAAACGGGGAUGCAAUCGCAGUUUAUGACAUUAUUAACUGUCAGAUUGGAGCUGGCGGGGAUGUGACGUUUGUGGAAGUUGGUCAUUUUGAAGCCUCGGCGCCUCCUGGGGAGGAGCUGGUUUUAGAUGAAGAAGUGAUCGUUUGGGCAGGAGGAAAACUCAGGUUUUAUAGGAUGGAAAAACCUCCACGGUCAGUGUGCAGUGAAAGCUGCCCUUCUGGAAUGAGGAAAGCUUCUCGUGAUGGUGAACCUCUCUGUUGCUUUGACUGUGUGCCAUGUGCUGAGGGGGAGAUCAGCAAUCAAACAGAUUCCGUGGAGUGUACCAAAUGCUCGACUGACGACAGGUCAAAUCCCGAGAGAAACGCAUGCAUCCCAAAGGAAGUUGAAUACCUUUCUUUCCAAGAGGCCACAGGUAUUGCCUUAGUGGCUAUCGCAUUGUUCGGAGCCUGUUUAACAGUCACAGUGUCAGUGAUCUUCUUUCAUUACAAAACCACACCGGUUGUCAAGGCCAACAACUCGGAGUUAAGCUUCCUUCUCUUGACUUCAUUGGUGCUAUGUUUUCUGUGCUCAAUCGCAUUCAUUGGCCAACCCACAGACUGGGGUUGCAAGCUGCGCUACACUGCGUUUGCUGUCAUCUUUGAGCUCUGUAUUUGCUGUGUCCUCGCCAAAACCGUGGUGGUGCUGAUGGCGUUCAGAGCCACACUGCCCAACAGCAAUGUCAUGCAAUGGUUCAGCCCAGCUCAACAGCGAGCUGCUGUGUUCAUCGCCAUGUGUGUUCAGGUGCUGAUCUGUGUGGCCUGGUUAAUGGUUUCUCCUCCUUUUCCAUUUAAGAACACCACCCACCAAAACGCCAAGAUCAUUCUGCAAUGUCAUGUGGGCUCCAUGGUGGCUUUCUGUACUGUGUUGGGGUACAUUGGCUUCCUUUCAUGUAUCUGCUUCGUGUUGGCGUUUCUGGCAAGAAAAUUGCCAGAUACAUUUAAUGAGGCCAAGUUCAUAACGUUCAGCAUGCUGAUAUUCUUUGCAGUUUGGAUAGUAUUUAUUCCCGUGUAUCUCAGCUCUCCCGGAAAGUACACAGUGGCUGUGCAAGUCUUCGCUAUUCUGUCCUCCAGCUUUGCUCUGCUUCUCUGCAUCUUUGCUCCAAAAUGUUACAUCAUAUUGCUACAGCCAGAGAGGAACACCAGACAAGGCCUGAUGGGUAAACAUUAA